AAAAGGCGUAUGACGGGGACUAGGUUUUUACUGCCUAGACUUUCACUACCAUGGUGAUUGGUGAGUUCUUCAUUUGAGUAGGGAGGUUUUUCCGCCGGUUUUCUUUUGGAGACAAGGUGCCGCCGUGGAGGUGAUUCUAGUCGGCGAAAACGUGAGAAAGUGGAAACUCGGGGUGAAAACGGUACAUAAACAGUCGUAGAGACCCUUUGAGUUGCACAUUUCACUUUGGAAAUGGUUCAGGGAUUGAUUAAUGCAAACCCUGCUGUUUAUGAAAGAAAAAGGCGCUGCCCGGUAGUGCCUGCCGAUGUUGAUGAAUAUACGACGGCCCCUAUCGAUCAACUAGAAGUUUUUAAUCAUAUCAGAGAUAUAAGAGAUACAGAGUUUCCUAGUUCCUUGGAAGAACUGAAAGUUGUAACGCAGGAUGCUGUUGAAGUAAAUGAUAAGAAUAGCCAUGUCAGGGUCACAUUUACUCCUACAAACAUAAACUGCGAAAUGGCUAAAACUAUUGGGCUUUGCUUACAUAUAAAACUUAUUCGCAGUUUGCCUUCUCGUUACAAGGUGGAUAAUAGGGUGGCACCAGGAACUCAUGCACACGAAGCUGCAGUAAAUGAACGAGUGAAUGAUAAAGAACGGGUGGCAGGAGCAUUAGAACUACCUGGCCUUAUAAAGAUGGUUGAUCAUUGUUUGGCUCCUACUUAUGAACGAAUCGGGAAAGAAAACGUCUAUGAUUUAUGAAAACGUGUAUGCUCUAUGAAUCUUGUCAGAAUGAUUUACCUUUUGUCUGCACAGGUUCUGUAGUCGGA